GUUAAAGGAGGGAAUAUUGAUGUACACCCAUCAGAAAAAGCGCUCAUUGUUCAGUAUGAAGUGGAGGCCACCAUUCUUGGAGAAAUGGGGGAUCCCAUGUUAGGAGAACGAAAGGAAUGCCAAAAAAUUAUUCGUCUGAAAAGUCUGAAUGCUAACACAGAUAUAACUUCUCUGGCUCGAAAAGUGGUUGAAGAGUGUAAACUCAUCCACCCCUCCAAAUUGAACGAUGUGGAGCAGCUGUUGUACUACCUACAGAACCGCCGGGUUUCCUGGUCAGGGAAAGAAAAGAAAGAAAAAUCAAGCAAGCCCAAAGAUCCACCUCCCUUUGAAGGAAUGGAAAUUGAUGAAAUUGCUAACAUAAAUGAUAUGGAUGAAUACAUUGAGUUAUUAUAUGAAGAUAUUCCUGACAAGGUUCGGGGUUCUGCUCUGAUCUUGCAGCUUGCUCGAAAUCCUGAUAACUUGGAAGAACUACUAUUGAAUGAAACUGCCCUUGGUGCACUAGCAAGAGUCCUAAGAGAAGACUGGAAACAGAGUGUCGAGUUAGCCACAAACAUAAUCUAUAUCUUUUUCUGCUUUUCCAGCUUUUCUCAGUUUCAUGGACUUAUUACUCACUAUAAAAUUGGAGCUCUGUGUAUGAAUAUCAUUGAUCAUGAGUUAAAGAGACAUGAGCUCUGGCAAGAAGAACUCUCUAAAAAGAAGAAAGCUGUUGAUGAAGACCUUGAAAAUCAGACCUUGAAAAAGGAUUAUGAAAAAACAUUUAAAAAAUACCAGGGGCUUGUGGUAAAACAGGAGCAGCUACUGCGAGUUGCUCUUUAUUUGCUUCUAAAUCUUGCUGAGGAUACUCGUACAGAACUGAAGAUGAGAAACAAGAAUAUUGUUCACAUGCUGGUGAAGGCUCUUGAUCGGGACAAUUUUGAGCUGCUCAUUCUCGUUGUAUCAUUCUUAAAGAAACUCAGCAUUUUUAUGGAGAAUAAAAAUGAUAUGGUAGAAAUGGAUAUUGUUGAAAAACUGGUAAAAAUGAUACCUUGUGAGCAUGAAGAUCUCCUGAAUAUCACCCUCCGGCUUUUACUCAACCUGUCCUUCGACACAGGACUGAGGAAUAAGAUGGUACAAGUUGGACUUCUUCCAAAGCUCACUGCACUCCUAGGCAAUGAAAACUACAAACAGAUUGCAAUGUGUGUACUUUACCAUAUAAGCAUGGAUGACCGCUUUAAAUCUAUGUUUGCAUACACAGACUGCAUACCACAGCUGAAUGCUGGGAAUUUUCUGCUUUUUGUUUCAGGAAAUGGAUUGAAGAUGCUCAUGAAAAGGGCCCUAAAGUUCAAGGACCCAUUACUGAUGAAAAUGAUUAGGAACAUUUCCCAGCAUGACGGACCGACCAAAAAGCUGUUUAUUGAUUAUGUUGGGGACCUUGCAGCUCAGAUCUCCAGUGAUGAAGAGGAGGAAUUUGUGAUUGAGUGUUUGGGAACUCUGGCAAAUCUUACCAUUCCAGAUUUAGACUGGGAACUGGUUCUGAAGGAGUACAAGCUAGUUCCAUACCUUAAGGAUAAACUAAAGCCAGGUACUGCAGAAGAUGACCUUGUUUUAGAAGUGGUGAUAAUGAUUGGAACUGUGUCUAUGGAUGAUUCUUGUGCUGCACUGCUAGCUAAAUCUGGGAUAAUCCCUGCACUGAUUGAAUUGCUCAAUGCUCAACAAGAAGAUGAUGAAUUUGUAUGCCAGAUAAUUUAUGUCUUCUACCAGAUGGUUUUCCACCAAGCCACAAGAGAUGUUAUAAUCAAGGAAACACAAGCUCCAGCAUAUCUCAUAGACCUGAUGCAUGAUAAAAAUAAUGAAAUCAGGAAGGUCUGUGACAAUACAUUAGAUAUAAUAGCGGAAUAUGAUGAAGAAUGGGCAAAGAAAAUUCAGAGCGAAAAGUUUCGCUGGCAUAAUUCUCAGUGGCUGGAGAUGGUCGAGAGCCGCCAGAUGGACGAGAGUGAGCAGUACUUGUACGGUGAUGACCGAAUUGAGCCGUACAUCCAUGAAGGAGAUAUUCUGGAAAGACCCGACCUCUUCUACAACUCAGAUGGAUUAAUUACCUCCGAAGGAGCCAUAAGUCCAGACUUCUUCAGUGACUAUCACCUUCAGAAUGGAGAUGUGGCUGGGCAGCAUGCGUUUUCUGGCAGCCUUGCAAUGGAUAGCUUUGGCCAGCCGGUGGGCAUCCUGACACGCCCUGCGACCGCCUACGGGUUCCGCCCCGAUGAGCCUUACUACUACGGCUAUGGACCUCGAUAAAGUCAUCCCCAUCUGUGCGCUUUCCUCCUAGAAGAAAUCCCUGUGGGUUGGGUUAACUUUGAAACUUGGCCUAAUAAUGCAUGUUGAUACUAUUGUGGGUCUGUGCUUCUUAUGUGUCCACGUUGUUUGCUGGAGAGUAAGUCCAACCCGUCUUCUGUUACGAGCGGUCGAUGCGAACGCUGCUCAUUCAGCCAGCAGCAUCACCGUGCUGAACACCACUUCUCUGAGACUCCCUGUGGAUGUUGAAAAGCUACUAGACUGGAAAACAAAUGCUACCUUGUGUGUAUUACGUGACUAAUUUAAUUUCUAUUAAAACCCAGCAUAAAGUGCAAAUGAAUGAACCAAAGUCAUGUGUUUGCCUUUACUGUGUUUUAUUAGAAGAGGCAUGCCGCAUAGGGUACACAUGAAUUUCACUUUCUCCCUGCUUAUAAACUCUUUAGCAUUUCAUGUGACAUGUUCUCUGUUAAAAGUUUAUUAAAAGAAGGACCUUGGGUUUUCUUUUUUUUUCUUUUUUGAGACAGUGUUUCACUAUGUAGACCAGACUGGCCUUGACUCUGUAAUCCUCCCUCUCCUCCUGCCUCCGCCUCCACCGUGCCUCCCGCCUCCCGCAGAGCCUCCGCUCCUUACUUCAUUCUGUACCUGAAAGCGUCCUCCACCAGGUGAUUGAUUAACUGUGAGCUUGUAUUAACGGUGGGACCUGCGCUGUAGGUGGCGGUAUAGAUCAAGUAUAGGCUCUUAAGCAAUUUGAUUUCUUGACUAAUAACAAAGCCUCCGACAACUAACACAAAUAAAACUGGA